AUGGAGAGUGGGAACACAUCAGCAGUGACUGAAUUUAUCUUCAGUGGGUUUCCUAAACUCCAAGAUGGUAGCCUCCUGUACUUCUUCCCUUUACUUUUCAUCUACACCUUUAUUGUCAUUGGGAACCUAAUGAUCUUCUUUGCUGUAAGGCUGGACACCCGUCUCCACAAUCCCAUGCAUAAUUUCAUCAGUAUCUUCUCAUUUCUGGAGAUGUGUUACGCCACAGCCACCAUCCCGAAGAUGCUCGCCAAUCUAAUCAGUGAACGAAAGACCAUCUCUUUCAUUGGCUGCCUGUUGCAAAUGUACUUCUUCCACUCGCUUGGAAACACUGAAGGGGCCUUGCUGACUGUCAUGGCCAUUGACAGGUAUAUUGCCAUCUGCAACCCACUCCACUACCCAACCAUCAUGAUCCCCCGGCUCUGUGCUCAGCUUUCUGCAGGGUCUUGCAUCUUUGGUUUCCUUAUCCUUCUACCUGAGAUUGCAUGGAUUUCCACACUGCCAUUUUGUGGCCCUAACCAAAUCCAUCAGAUCUUCUGUGAUUUUACCCCUUUAUUGAAUUUAGCCUGUACAGAUGCCUCCGUAAUCCUGGUGCAAGAUGUGGUACAUGCUCUUGCCAUUCUAAUAACAGCCCUGAUAAUUUCUCUUUCUUACAUCAGAAUUAUUAUUGUGAUCUUUGGCAUUCAUUCAACUGAGGGCCGCAAAAAGGCAUUCUCCACCUGUGCUGCCCACAUUGCCGUCUUUCUGCUGUUUUUCGGCAGUGUAGCCCUCAUGUAUCUUCGGUUCUCUGCUACUUAUACACCAUUCUGUGACACCACUAUUGCUCUGACCUUCUCUGUGCUUGCUCCCUUUUUCAAUCCCAUUAUAUAUGGCUUGAGAAAUAAAGAUAUGAAAGAUGCAAUUAAGAAGCUCCUUUGCUCUCAUAAAGUGUUUGCUGUAUCUGGGAGGUAA